UGACAUUUGGUUCGUUCAGCUCUUUGUAGCAGCAUCUCAUUUUGUGGAAAUAACGUGAUUCCUGUACGGCCAAUUUCCAACAGCAAAAAUGUACGCCCCACAGCAGCCAAUUCUGAUUCUCAGCAAAAAUACCAAGCGAGAGAGCGGCCGAAAGGUGCAGUUGGAGAACAUCAAUGCCGGCAAAACCAUUGCCGAUCUCAUCCGCACAUGUUUGGGCCCACAGGCGAUGAUGAAAAUGCUGAUGGACCCGAUGGGUGGCAUCGUGAUGACCAACGAUGGUAAUGCGAUCCUGCGCGAAAUCACCGUACAACAUCCGGCCGCCAAGAGCAUGAUCGAAAUUGCACGCACGCAAGACGAAGAGGUCGGUGACGGCACGACGUCCGUGAUUGUGCUGGCCGGUGAGAUGCUGGCUGUGGCGGAACAGUUCCUCCAGCAGCAAAUCCAUCCGACCGUCAUCAUCCGGGCGUACCGGGAGGCACUCGAGGAUAUGGUGCGCAUUCUGCAGGAUGAGGUCAGCAUUGAGCUGGAUCGUACCGACAAGAAAAAGUUGGCCGAUGUGGUGAAGUCUUGCGUUGGCACAAAGUUCGUUGGUCGCUGGUCGGAUUUGGCGGUCCGUAUUGCGCUGGAUGCGGUCGAAACGGUAACGCUGACGGAGAAUGGACGCACGGAAAUCGAUAUUAAAAAGUACGCCAAGGUGGAGAAAAUCCCCGGCGGAUCGAUUGACGAUUCGUGCGUGCUGAGGGGAAUCAUGUUGAACAAGGACGUUACACACCCGAAGAUGCGUCGUUACAUCGAAAAGCCGCGUAUCGUACUGUUGGACUGUCCGCUCGAGUACAAGAAGGGUGAAAGCCAGACGAACGUGGAAAUUGUGGGUGAUCAAGACUUCACGAAGCUGUUGCAGCUCGAGGAAGAGCAUGUGGCACGCCUCUGCGAGGACAUUAUUGCCGUAAAGCCGGACGUAGUGUUCACGGAGAAGGGUGUCUCCGAUCUGGCCCAACACUUCCUGAUGAAGGCAGGCAUUACGGCUAUUCGUCGGCUGCGCAAGACGGACAACAAUCGGUUGGCCCGUGCCUGCGGUGCCACGAUCGUGAACCGCACGGAGGAGCUGACGGAGAAGGACGUUGGUACGGGAGCCGGUUUGUUCGAAAUCAAGAAGCUGGGCGACGAGUACUUCUGCUUCGUGACGGAGUGUGACGAUCCGAAGGCGUGUACGAUUCUGCUGCGCGGUGCCUCCAAGGACGUACUUAACGAAACGGAGCGUAAUCUGCAGGACGCUCUGCACGUUGCACGUAAUCUGAUGCUUGAUCCGAAGCUGCUGCCCGGAGGUGGUGCAGUGGAGAUGGCCGUUUCGCAGGCACUGACGAACAAACAGAUCCAGGGACCGUACCGAGCCGUUGCUCAGGCAUUGGAGAUCAUCCCACGCACGCUGACACAAAACUGUGGCGCCAACACUAUCCGAACGUUGACCGCACUGCGAGCGAAGCAUGCGUCACAUCCGGCGAGUGAAGGACCGUGCACGUGGGGCAUCGACGGUGAAACCGGUCAGCUGGUGGACAUGAAGGAGAAAAACAUCUGGGAACCGUUGUCGGUGAAGUUGCAGGUGUACAAGACGGCUGUCGAGACGGCAAUUCUGCUGCUGCGCAUCGAUGACAUUGUGUCCGGUUCGAAGAAGAAUAGCGGGGAUGGUGCUGGCCCUUCGCCAGCUGCUGCUGCCGCCGGUAUGGGAGGAGAGUAA